AUGGACGAGGAGUCGGAACCCAACUCUGCUGUUCCGGAGGAGGAUGCGGCGGAGGCGUCCGCAACACCCGUCGUGGAGACCCCAGAGUCUGUUGCUACGGCAACAGAUGACGGCGUGGCACCGAAGAAGGUCGAGGACGACGACGAUGUCGUUCUGGUAGAAGAGGGCGCCCCUGGGCCGUCGCCUUCGCAGGAGCAGCCGGAGGGCCCCGCUGACACGGACAUGGAAAAUGCCUCGCCCGCAACUGGAGCGACACCCCCUGCUGAGGUGACGCCACCCGCCACGGUGACGCCCGACCCGUCUGAGCCUUCCAAUCCCGCCUCGGCGGCCGAGCCCAUCGUCAUAGACGACGAGGAGGAGCCGGAGGAGAACCGGGGCGGUGCUCUCGUCAGCUCGGAAGCGGAUUCAGAGAUCCGCAUUGCUAACGUCACAACGCUGGGCCAGAAAAGGGGUGCAGGGGGCAGCACGUCACCCCAACACGCUCAAGGCGAAUUGAUGAUCACCUCGGUGACGUCGCUGCAGGGCACACCAAUGCCAGGCGAAGGUGCGGCAGAGGAAAACGGUCUCCAGAUCGGUAGCGCGUACAGCCUGAGUUCUGAUGCCACGUCCGGCAGACCAAGCGCUUCCUUCAACCCUGGGCGAGGCUCAGCAGUACAAAAUGGUGAUGCUGGGGCACACAACAGAACAGACUCGUGGAUUUCCCAGUCGGCGUCGGUGCCUCGCAACCAAAAGCAGAUGGGGGUGGACUCUUCUUCCACUGCCACUACCCUGUCUAAACCUCCGGGACAGUCUUCCUCUUCCUCUCCAGGCGCACAACCGCAACCGAGGACAGUAAAGGUGACCUGCGCAAACUGCAAGAAGCCUCUGAAGAAAGGUCAGACGGCAUACCAGCGUAAAGGUUCGACGCACCUCUUCUGCUCAACCACCUGCCUCUCCGCCUUCUCGCACAAACCCCCGCCCAAGAAAAGUUGCACCAUGUGUAAAAAAGACAUCACCAACAUGAAGGGCACAAUCGUGGCCCAGGUGGAUUCCACCGAGUCCUUCCAAGAGUUCUGCAGCACCGGGUGCCUCGGCGCCUACGAGAACAAGCAGAGCGCCCCCAAGUCCAAUCUCAAAACCAAAUGCACUGUCUGUGGAAAGCUCACAGAGAUCCGACACGAGGUGAGCUUCAAGACAGUGACGCACAAGAUCUGCAGUGACCUGUGCUUCAAUGUCUACCGUCGCGCCAACGGGCUGAUCAUGAACUGCUGCGAGCAAUGUGGCGACUACCUGCCCAACAGGGCUUCGGCCAACCAUUUUGUGCUGGUGGAUGGCCAACAGAAGCGCUUUUGCUGCCAGAAAUGCAUCAGGGACUUCAAGCAGGUUCACAGCAAGCUGGCCAGCUGCUUGACGUGCAAGACGCUAAUCAAAACAGGGGAGGUGGUUCUAGGCAUGGCUGCCGACGGCACCAUGGGCUCCUAUUGCUCCGCCAACUGCAUGAAUAAGGCCAAAAUGGCCGCCACGACCUUCCACCACGCGGAGCCAUCUUGUCACUUCUGCAAAAGGAACUCUUUACCCCAGUACCAAGCCACGCUACCUGAGGGGAACGUCAUCAAUUUCUGCAGCUCACAGUGCGUCAACAAGUUCCAGAGCACCACCCUCCAGACAGCUACCAACGGGCAGACAACGCUUUCAGCGAACAACACGGUUCAGCUCAAGUGCAACUACUGCAGAGGAGCGUUCAGCGUCAAGCCAGAGACACUCGAGUGGGAGGACAAAGUGUACCACUUCUGCAGCAAGGUGUGCUGCGCCGACUACAAAAAGCUGCACUGCAUUGUUACCACGUGCGAGUUCUGCCAGGAGGAGAAGACGCUGCACACCACUGGCAACUUUUCAGGCGAGAAAAAGCCCUUCUGCAGUGAAGGCUGCAAGCUGCUGUUCAAGCAGGACUUUAUCAAGCGUCUGGGCCUCAAGUGCGUCAGCUGCAACCACUGCAGCCAGAUGUGCAAGAGAGGUGUCACGCGCCAGCUUGGAGGCAUGACGCGUGACUUUUGCGGCGAGAGCUGCGCCAAGAAGUUUCACGACUGGUACCACAAGGCGGCACGCUGCGACUGCUGCAAGGUUCAGGGCCAGCUGACGGAGUCGGUCAUGUGGCGCUCGGAGGUGAAGCAAUUCUGCGACCAGCAGUGUCUGCUCAGGUUUUACUGCCAGCAGAACGAGCCAAUCAUGGCCACGCAGAAAGGCCCUGAGAACAGCUCUACGGGCAUCGAAUCACCCGCUUCUAAAGUUGGGCUAGUGAGUCACGGUACGGCGGCGUACCCGGGCGGCGGCCUGAUGAGGGAUGUGAAAAAUAAGGCGGUCUUAUGCAAGCCGCUUACCCUCACCAAGGCCACCUACUGCAAGCCACACAUGCAGAGCAAACCCAUACAGACGGAUGUCGACGAUGGCGUGAAGCGGGAGUACGUGCCCGUUCCCAUCCCCGUGCCAGUCUUCAUUCCUGUACCCAUGAAUAUGUACUCACAGCACACGCCCACGCCGCUUUCUUUGCCUUUACCACUCCCAGUCCCCGUUUUCCUGCCCACCACCCUGCAGAACGCAGACCAGCUCGUCCAGACCAUCCAAGAGCUUAGAAGCAAGACUCCCUCGGACCCCGACGCUGUCCAGAUGAGCUCGCCGUCCCCGACUGAAGCGACUUUAGAGGACCGGAAAGCAGACAUGAAGCUUGAGGAGACGAGUGAGCAUGGAGAUGAGGAAAUGGUUACCAGCAGCUCAGAGGAGGUGAAGAAGGAAAGAGGAGACUUAAAGAAGGAGGUGAAGAAGGAAGGAGGAGACCUAAAGAAGGAUGUGGUAAACGAGGAAGAAGGGGAUGUAAAAGAGGAGGAAGAAGGUGGCUGCAUGGACCUGGAGGAGGACUUCCCUCUCGCUUCGGCGUCAGUCGCAGGAGAGCGGGAGGAAGAGCCGACGUUGCGACCUCUGCCAAGGACGAGAGGGAGCAAGAGAUUGGUGGUGGAACGCAGCUUGAUGUCUGGCUCAUCAUAUCGUUCGCCGGCCCUAAAAGCACGCUACGGCCUCAAUGCGUUCAGACGCUGGCUGAGCUCGGGUAGUAGAGAAGGAUCCGCGGCUGAGACCAAAGCGUUGGAUGCUGCUCUGGUGAAUCCUGUGGAAACCGACGUGCUGAAAAUGUGCACCGAUGAGCUGAACGAGAAGUUGUGUGGCUUUGUAAAAGAGGUGUGCCGGCCAAAUGGGGAGCGAUACGCCCCUGACAGCAUCUACUACCUCUGCCUCGGGAUUCAGAAGCAUCUUCACACCAAUGGGCAAAAGAUUGACAUCUUCAGCGACUGUUCUUAUCAGAGGUUCAGGGAGGAGCUCAACAAGGUUCUGAAAGACUGGAAGCCCAGCCUGCUUCCUGAUGGCACAGCAUGGAGCCGCGUGGACGAGCAGUGCCUGUGGACAGGCGGACAUCUGGCCGGCGCCACACCCGCCGCUUUGCUACGCUCGCUGGUUUACCUGAACGCCAAGCUCCUGCGCAUGCGCAACGCUCAGCAACACUUAAGCUUGUCUUUCGCCGACGUCUACGGCCCAGACGCCACACACCCCGCCACCACCGGGGGAAGUCACGCUUGCAUCCGCGUGCCUUCCCCAGUCUCUCAGGUUGCAAAAGAAUCUCGCAAGAGAAAGCUGGACUGUGAAGACGAUGACGACACGGGAUCACUCUGUCCUGUCACGGAGCAGGAGCGACACCUUUUCCAGCUCUACCGCUCCAAGUGCCCGGCGUCGUUGCUGGAGCGGUCCGACUUCUUCUACGCUCAGCCCGAACCGGCCUGGGACGGUGACGGGCCGUGGUUCACCUCCACGCCGCUAGAACGCCACACGCUGGAGAGCCUCCUUGUUAGAGUCCUGCUGGUGCGGGACAUCUACACGGACUCGCAGGAGCCAGAUGAGGCGGAGUAG